GAAGCGAAACAAAAGGCGUUUGAACGGUGCAAAUGUUUCAUUUUUAAGCCGUUUAAACGCGUUUGGAUUGCGUUUAUAAACGCCGUUCGUAAACGCGUUUUUUAGAGCCGAAAUUGUUACAUGGGAUCUAGAUCGCCAUUUAAAAGCUAAGAAAAUACACAUGAAACUCGUACAGAAACACUUUCAACUGAUUCCACUUUAGCAACAUUAACAACAGUAAACGACGUAAUGCCUAAUCAACAUAAAUUUGAUAUAAGUGAAUCGGAACUUAAAUAUUAUUUGAAUGACUGUGAUCAGUUAAACAAAUUAAAACGAUCAAGAAGUGAACCUCUAUCAGCGAUAAAAGCACUCAUACGAACUUCACAUCGAUUACGCAGACAUCAAAUAGAAAAGGACAAAACAUUAAGUAUUGAACAGAAAAUAAACAAAUAUCCAGAAUUACUGGAUGAAAGAAUGAUCGUCAGCGAAUAUGAAGAAAUCACAAAGAAAUCAUUAGAAGAAUUAUUAGAAUCAUGUCGUCAACGACUGGAUGCUUUAAUACAAUUUUACCAAUUACGUCAAACAAAAUUAACAACAAAAGCAAAACUAGAUUGGUUGGCUUUAAAUAAAUUAUGUGACGAUGUUCGCAAUGAGCUGUCUGAUGAAAAUUUGUACAAAGAAAAGUUACUAUUUAAUGGACGAUAUCCUCCAAAUAUUGAAUUGAGAUUAUUUUUUCAAUCAACGAGAACACAGUUUUUAAAUACCUGUUCAUUAAAACUGUCGUCAACCAAUAUUUCUAUCUCGUAUGCUCUUACAGAUGGAUACGGAUUACAAUUACCAUGUUUAGUGUUACUUGCAGCCAUCCAAAUUUUUGAUCUUCAAAUACAGCAUCCUUUCUUGAUGCUACUUUUACAAGAUAAUAUUACAGAAUUAUUUUCACGAAAUUAA